GCUUCUCUGAGCUCCUCGAUUGGCUCUGCGGGCCGGAGGCGGGGCCUGACGCGGAGCCUACGUGAUGGCGUCAGGCGCCGCCGCGCCGCUUCCUGUUGUCAGUGGCCCGGAGGCCGUAGCGUCGGCUCGGAGUCUAAGGCACUGUAGCGGCCGGGAGCUCAGCCCGCCGGGUCCCUGCUCCCUGUGGUGUCAUGUGAGUCUCCUUGCCUAGUGGUGCCUGAGUGGAAAUGCUCUCAGUGGUGGAGAAUGGACAGGAGCCCCAGGCUGCCAUCUCGGUCAUCAAGAAGAAACUGGUGGGAUCCGUGAAGGCACUGCAGAAGCAGUGUGUGUCCCUGGACACAGUGGUCACUAGUGAAGACGGAGAUGCCAACACCAUGUGCAGUGCCUUGGAGGCCGUGUUUAUUCACGGCCUGCAUCCCAAACACAUCCGUGCUGAGGCCGGAGGAAAAAGGAAGAAACACGCCUACCAGAAGCCUCUGCCUCAGCCUGUCUUCUGGCCCCUCCUGAAAGCUGUCACCCACAAACACAUCAUCUCUGAAUUGGAGCAUCUGGUCUUUGUCAACACAGACGUGGGCCGCUGCCGGGCCUGGCUGCGGCUGGCCCUCAACGAUGGCCUGAUGGAGUGCUACCUGAAACUGCUCCUCCAGGAGCAGGCCCAACUGUGCGAGUACUAUCAGCCCACAGCCCUGCUGCGAGACCCUGAGGAGGGCGAGUUCCUCCUUAGCUUCCUGCAGGGACUAACGUCUUUGUCCUUUGAGCUCUCUUACAAGUCUGCCAUCUUAAACGAAUGGACGCUUACUCCACUAGCUCUCUCUGGGCUUUUCCCACUCACUGAGCUCGAUCCUCUCACUACCUCUGGUGCAGAACUACAGCGGAAGGAGUCACUGGAUUCAGUUUCCCAUUCCUCAGGCUCAGAAGACAUCGAAGUGCAGCACUCGAGCCAUAAAAUCCAGCAGAACAGGAAGCUCACUGCCUCUUCCCUCAGCCUGGACACAGCCAGUUCAUCCCAGCUGUCCUGCAGCCUAAACUCUGAUAGCUGCUUGCUCCAAGAGAAUGGCUCCAAGAGUCCAGACCAAUCUGAGGAGCCCAUGUCCUAUGACUCGGACCUGGGCACUGCAAAUGCUGAUGAUUCUGACCGGUCUCUCCAAGAGGUGUUGUCGGAAUUCAGCAAAGCCCAGGUAAACUCUGUGCCAACCAACGGGCUCACCACCAGCAUGCAGCUGCACUUUGAUAGCCCUACGGACCUCCUUCCUCCCCAAGCAUCCUCUAAGGCCCCAGAUGGUGGCCAAAAGCAGGAGCCACUCCCCCAGGUGCCUGGUAACCUGGAUAUGAAGCAGCUAGGCACUGCCCAAGCUGCCCCUGCAGGAAGCACUUCAGACCAGCAGCCUUCUAGUCCUGUGAGUGGAGCAGUCUGCCAAGGGAGUGGCCAGCAGAAAGCCCUGGAGUGUGGUGGAGUUGGAUUGAAGCUUGUGGUUUCUUCCCCCACCAGUCCGAAAAGUAAGAGCUGGAUCUCUGAAGAUGACUUCUACCGGCCUCCCCAGGAGGGCACCCCUGAGAGUGCUUCCAGUGGCUGUCCAGCUGCUUCCCCAGGGACUCCAGAGUCAAGGACUGCUCUCUACAGGCUUUCUUCUCAAGGACCAAGAAAGAGCCCCUUAGGGGCAUUAAACAGAGCAUGUGUGCCUUCCCCAGGCAGUGAGAAAGCCGAGGCAGCCCCAGUGGCAUCGCAGGAGCAUAAGAACUUCCGAGUGGUACACCGGAGGCAGAUGGGGCUAUCUAACCCAUUCCGGGGCCUCAUGAAGCUGGGCACAGUGGCUCGGCGGGGGGCCAUGGGAAUCUGGAAGGAGCUCUUCUGUGAGUUGUCCCCACUGGAGUUCCGCCUCUACCUGAGCAAUGAGGAACGCACUUGCGUGGAGAGCUGCUCCCUGCUGCGCUGCGAGGCCGUGGGGCCAGCCCACAGCGAUGGGCGCUUUGAAUUGGUCUUCUCUGGCAAGAAGUUGGCGCUGCGUGCCUCCUCCCAGGAUGAGGCUGAGGACUGGCUGGACCGAGUGCGGGAGGCCCUGCAAAAGGUUCGGCCCCAGCAGGAAGAUGAGUGGGUGCAUGUCCAGUACCCAGCCCAGCCUGAGGACGCUCCCAAGGGCUCCCCGGACAGCCACCCCUCUUACUCAGCCUUGCUGCCAGAGCCUACAGUCCUUCAGGGCAUGCAGUUGGACUGGACGUCUGCCCACGUUCCAGAGCCAGACGCUAUCAAAGAGUCCCUUUUGUACCUGUAUGCAGACAGGACCUGGAUGCCCUAUAUUUUUUCCCUAUCCUUGGAGUCUCUAAAAUGCUUCCGAGUGAGAAACAAUGAGAAAAUGCUAAGUGAUAGUCAUGGAGUGGAGACCAUCAGAGACAUCCUGCCAGACACGAGCCUUGGGGGACCAGCCUUCUUCAAAAUCAUCACAGCCAAGGCUGUCCUGAAGUUGCAGGCUGGAAAUGCCGAGGAGGCUGCCCUGUGGAGGGACUUGGUCCGAAAAGUCCUGGCAUCCUACUUGGAGACAGCUGAGGAGGCUGUGACGCUUGGCGGGAGUCUGGAUGAAAACUGUCAGGAGGUGCUGAAAUUCGCCACCAGGGAGAAUGGCUUCCUGUUGCAGUACCUGGUGGCCAUCCCCACGGAGAAGGGCCUCGACUCCCAGGGCUGUUUCUGUGCAGGCUGCUCCCGGCAGAUCGGCUUCUCCUUUGUACGACCCAAGCUGUGUGCCUUUUCUGGUCUCUAUUACUGUGACAUCUGCCACCAAGAUGAUGUCUCAGUGAUUCCAGCCAGGAUCAUCCAUAACUGGGACCUCACCAAGCGCCUGGUCUGCCGGCAGGCUCUGAAGUUUCUGAUGCAUAUCCGGGCCCAACCCCUCAUCAACCUGCAGCUGGUGAACCCCUCUCUGUACGACCAUGUGGAACGCAUGCACCUCAUUGGCAGGAGCCGGGAGCAACUGAAGCUUCUGGGAGACUACCUGGGUCUGUGCCGGAGUGGUGCCCUGAAGGAGCUGAGCAAAAGACUCAACCACAGGAAUUAUCUCUUGGAGUCUCCCCACAAGUUCAGUGUUACUGACCUCCAGCAGAUCGCAGAGGGGGUGUACGAAGGGUUCCUCAAGGCCCUGAUCGAGUUCGCCUCGCAGCACGUCUACCACUGCAACCUGUGCACCCAGCGGGGCUUCAUCUGCCAGAUCUGCCACCACCAUGACAUUAUCUUCCCCUUUGAGUUUGAUACCACUGUCAGGUGUGCAGAGUGCAAGACCGUCUUCCACCAGAGCUGCCAGGAGGUGGUGAAAAAGGGCUGCCCUCGCUGUGCCCGUCGGCGCAAGUACCAGGAACACAGCAUUCUCACCUAGCCCCAAUGUCUGACCCACCCGAGGCCAGGGGAGCUGCAGCUCAGUCAUCCCAGAUGGCCUUGUUGACAGCCAGGCUCCUCUGUCUCUCCAGUGAGGAAGAGGAAGACCCUCAGGUGUGCCCAGAGCACAGGCCUCCCAGAGAAAGCCCAUUCCCAAUGGUCUCUCACUACUGACUUUUCCAGGUGGCAGGGACACCAGCAAUAGUCAAAGGGGGCUUUUUACCAGGCCUGGCUCACCUCACUGUCAUGGUCCCUCCAUCAGGGCUGUUCAAACACUGUGGAAACAAGACUUGGGGAACAUUUUCAAUUCCACAUUCCUGACUAAAAGGUCUAGUUUUUUAAGAUGGGUUUUUCCCCCUUCAUAUUUCAACAGAAAAUAUUUUUUUAUUCCUGACCCUAUACAAGUCACCCAAGGAACCCAGGCCUUCCUACCCUGAGCAGAUGGGCAGGAGCCACCCAGGCCCAGCCUGAAGGCAGGCAGAGGAUCAGGCAGCUGUGGGCCGCUGCCUCUCCUUCACUCUUACUGGCUCUUGCUGCCAACAGCUCAAGUGCCACAUGACCCUAGCAGGGAGGGGUCAGUCCUAAUGACCACCAUCUUCCUCUCCUGUCUCUUCAUGACUCCCUGUCCUCACCUGAAAAGUUUCCUCCCUUCCUCUACAUUAGGACCCCUAGGGUCCUGGUCACAGCAGGAGCAGGGGACUGGCCCCAAACCAGCACUGUCAGCACUUUGAGCUUCCCUUGGUUCAGGGAAGGCCAUCGUCUUGCCCACCCUCUACCCACACCCUCCUUACUCCUUACAGACAGCAGGGGCCACCCCUGCUUGACUAACCCCGGCUAGGACAGACAGCAGCAAGCCCAGGACAGGGACCCCAGAGAAGGUAGCGAGCCUUCUCUGCCAGUGGCCAACCUUGGGCACCAUGGCAGCCAUGCUCCCACUGUGGAGAUGCCAUCCUUCCACUGCUGAGGUGUGCAGGCUCUUGCAAGAAGCCACCCCAUAAAACCUCAGUUUUACAAAGCCAUGAAUUCACCCAGUUCCACCCAAAAAAGGUUCUAGAAGCAGGACUGCCUUUUAAGGGAGCCUGAGGAUACUGGGAGGCUGAAUUGUUCUCAAAUGAAGUUCAGACCCUUGAGACUUAGGGAGAAUGUGGACAUGGUCUCUGCUGCCUUCCUCUCCUCUCCUGAACCCAGCAGCCGCUCUGGCCAUCCCACUGUAUACUCAAGCCUAGAGUUGGAAGCCUCAGGUGGAGCUGCACCUGUCAAUGUCAGGAGAUGAGCUUUCCCCCAUCCUCUCUGAGAUGAGGCUGGUGAGUCACCUGCCUGCCCCACAGAGCUUCAGGAAUUGUGCAAUAGAGCAGAGGGGGCGGUAGGCAGGCAGUGGAGGCUGUCACACAGCCCCUCCAUCCCCAUCCUGGAAGGUGGUGCACACCAUGCCCAGAACACCAAAGCCUCCUGAACCUGAGCUGGAAAGUGAGUACACGGCCUCACCCCACACCCAUAGCCAGCAUUAUUGCUCCCCCACAAACAGCCUGAUCAGAGCCUCAUUGCCCCCAGGUCCCUAAGCAGGCAGGAGGGUGACCUGGGGUGGGCCUUGGGCCUGGGAGUACAUUCCAGAAGGUGCCCAAGGAGACAGCAGGAGUGAGACCCUAGUUGGCAGGGCCUCUCCCAUCCCUGGGAUUCUGAGCAUUAGAGUUGGCCCCCUCCCCAUUACCAACAAGCUGCUAAUGCUGUCAGGUGAGUUGACUUAACCCCGCGCCUCCAGGGGAAGCUCAUGUGAAUCUCAGUAGUGCCCACACUGUUCCUGAAAUGUUAUUUUAGUGAGUAGGGCUUGGCUCUGGCGAAGUGCUUUGCAAUGUAUUGGAGGAGCUGCUGCUGUGUGAUGUUUGAAUGAUCUUGCAGUAAAGACUUGAUCUUUCUGAUAAUCACUGUCUGGCUUCUAAAUCUUGACCACCAGCCAU